CUCCUUCACAAACAAUUUUAAUUGUUCCAGUCGACGAAGAGGGCGGUACUAGAGUUCUACAAACGUGGGAAAAAUGGCCAAGUCUAAACCGCUGAACGUUUCGGAUCUUGAUUUAUAUCUAAUUUUAGAGGUGCUGCCUAAUGCUAAUGAUUCGGAGAUCAAGAAAGCUUACCGAAAAAAGGCAUUGAAGUGCCAUCCUGACAAAAAUCCAGAUGAUGCCAAAGCAGCUGCGGAAUGGGAAAGACUUGCUAAAGCUUUGGAAGUCUUGACGGAUGCAACAGCCAGGGCUGCAUAUGAUAAGUUAUUGAAAGCUAAGAAGGCUGUUGAGUUGCGGAACAGAGCUUUAGAUAAUAAAAGAAGAAAGAUAAAAGAAGACCUAGAAGCAAGGGAGGCAGCUGCAGCCUAUGAAGAUUACAGUGAGAGUCCUGUUGAUGCUGCCGUCCAGCUACAGCAAGAGAUUGAACGUUUAAGAGAAGAAGGAUCAGAACAAUUAAAAAAUGAACAAGAUGCAAUUAAAAAACAACUUGAAGAAGAUGCAAAUGAGGGGCAAGAAGAAACACCCAAGUUAAAAAUUAGAUGGAAGGCAAAAAAGGGUGAUGAAAGUAAUGGAGGAUAUAAUUACGAGCUACUAAAACAACUAUUUAACAAGUAUGGUGACAUUACUACAUUGUUGGUGUCUUCUAAAAAGAAAGGUAGUGCUAUUGUGGAGUACAGGCUGCCAAAUAAUGCAAUGAAUGCUGUUGAGCUAGAGCAUGGAUUGGCUUCCAACCCUCUUCAGAUCACCUGGCUCGGUGGCAAGCCAUCUUUCAAGCCACAACCAACAACGAUAGACUCCGAGCUUGAAGUUCUCACAAAAUUACGAGAAGCUCAGCAAAGAAAGAGAGAAGCAGAAGAUCAGAAAGAUUUUGAAGCGGAAACUUUGAAAAGAAUGCGAGAGCAGCAAACACCUAGUUUUUCUACAAAUGAAUUUUGUACAAGCAAACCUCAGGACUUCAUUUUUCAGAAUCAGACGAAAAAUUUAAGUAGUGAGAAAGAUUUUGAAAACUUAGCGGCAAGAAGUUACCGGCAAGCGGAGGAACGGAGAAAACUUAUAGAAGACAUGGAAAAAAAUGAAAGGGAGCAAACAUGACCCAACAGACUUGCCACUGUAAAUUAUAGGUAUACAUUUCUUUGAAUAAAUAUUUGUACAAAAAUAUAAA